AUGCUAGUUUCGUUUUCAACAAAGACGGAAGUGAUUGUCAACCUGUCAACCAGGAACCUGCUUCUCACCAACUCGAUCAACAGGGUCGCGGAAUAUUGUCAACCUACUGUAAAUACGAUCGGAGGGGACAGACAUGAUUCCUGUGUGGUUUUACUGUGGCGUUUUCAUGACAAUUUUACAAUCCUGUGCUGGCCAUCUCAGAUUUAAAACACAUUUGAGGGAUCAAGCCUUAUAUGAGCUCUCUGGAAACAAGAAAACUCACAACCUACAGAUGACAGUAGAGGACAGUGGGCACGCUGUUAAUUGUGGACCAAUGGCUAAUAAGAUGGACUUCAGCUGGUCCCCAAAGAUCUUACAUACAACAACAAACCCCCUAAUAGUUAGUUUGGACAUGCUGGCUACUGUUGAUUUGGACUCGGGAACUGUCAUUCUCAACGUAACAGACAAAGUGGCUCCGGACACUCCUAUCUUUAAGAUUAAUCAGACAGGAGGCUGCCAGAGUCUGCAGAAAUUUGGCUUCAAAAGUCUUAACUGCCCUGUUAAGGCAAACGAUUUAAUAAAGACGUCCCUUACGAAAACAGAUAUCCCUACUCUUCCUGAGGGUGAGUUCAUCAUCACGAUCGUCGUCUACAAUGAGACAAAACAGAUGUUCCUAUGCCUGAAAGCUGACGUCAAAAUCCAAACAUGACCUGCAAUGGAUUUGACCGAGCGCAAUUCUGCGUACAUGUCUGAAAAACUGUAAACAAUUAGUUAUGUUAAACACUGUUAAAACAAACCUCGAAGAAACGGUCUGUGAUAUUAUGAGUAUGUCUGUUUAUCGGUUUAAUAAUCGAUAAAGCACGGUUCAGAUAAAAGAUUUUGAACAAGCUAAGGGACAAAUUUUGCUUUGGUAUUAAGGGUGGAUAGUUCAUGCUUAAUUUUAAUUUAUCCGCGCCUUACUAUACAGUGCACCUUACAAUUUGAUAUGGUACACCGUUCAGGACAUUCCCUAAGCAUCAGAUGUAGGUUUCCUGUUUAUGGUUGCUAAGUGACUGACGUACUACAGCCAAUAAGUGCCUUGGAAGUGUUACUCUGGGUCCUUGCAGUACAUUACCUGUUGUGAAUGGUGUCGUUUUAUCUAGGUUAAAUAUUGACAUACUGCAACAAAGUUUUAGCGAUUUACACGAUAUUAUAUGUAGCCGUAGCCCCACUACUAGUGCCAGAGCUCGCCUCACAGAUGUUAACAUAAAAGAGUUACAGGGGACUAUCUACAGGUAUUUAAACAAGGCAAUUUCACGAGCUAUUUCAGUUAUACGCUAUAAGUUAAAAUACAGAUAUUUCUUUCUGCAUUCUGCUAGUUUAUACCUGGAAGGUCAAACAUACAUACACUUUUUUCAUCAAUUUUGUUUAGAUUUUUUUUGUAUUAUUAUUACAGUAUAAAAUUGAACAAUCAGUAUGCUAACGAAAUCUGCAAAGCAUUUAAAGACGUUUUUAUCUAUAUACAUAUACUUAGUAUUUUGAUUUUGUAAAAUUCUGCUAUAAGAUUAGGAAGAUUUUUUUUCUGUGGAAUUCAUCCACAUUAAACAAUUAAUACAUCAUCAAGAUAUUAAAUAUAUUGUUAUUGAUAUUAAUGUUCUUGUAAACGCCAUGUCUUCCUUUUCCACAUGGAUAAACAACCGUGAACACAUUCUGUAUCGUGCUUUACUGGUUUACUUUCAUUGUCUGUGACAUCUUAGGAUAUUCCACAAUAAAAGUAGGAUACAUGUAUAAUAACCUAGAUUUACCUUCACAUUUAUUUUGAUGAAGUAGAUCUUUACUAUAUUAUUUGUUAUUGAGGUGUAUGUUCGAGUGUUAUUGAAUGACAUAUUGUUGUGAUGUUAUGUUCGAGUGUUAUUGGAUGACAUAUUGUUGUGAUGUAUCAACUAGAUAACCACCCUUUCUUUAUAUUAUCAUUAUAUUAGUUUAAUGCUUUUUAGAUGUGAUAACGAUCUCGUGUGUAACUUGAUUGCGUGUUUAUAUAUAUAUCGUAUGAUAGACUACCUACAAUGUAAACAGCAGGGACAACUGUAUAAUCUUUAUGAAUACAUUCACGAAUGAUUAACUUUCCAUUUUUAGAUAGUAACAUCCUUUCCACCCUAUCUACGGUGUUCACAUGUUCCAGUUGAUUCGAUGUUUAAUGGCAUGUUUCCAUUAUCACGAUUACCGUGACAGAUGCCGACGACUAACAGAAAAUAACAACACAAGGUUUCGAGGGAUGCAAGUUGAUGAAGACCAUGGGAAAGUUCUGUGGUCGACAUCUUUGUCUCAUUUGGAAAUAUUCUAUUUCCUUUUGCGAUACGACAUUAUACAUGUUUGAUGCUCAUUGAUGUGCCUUGUGGUUCCGUCGUCACCAUCCUAGUUCUGUUUUCGUUGAGACUCUGACGUAGACCGGAUUUGACGUAGAUUUGUAUGGCGGGUGUCGUCGUGACCUAGAUUUGUAUGGUGGGUGUCUCCGUGACCUAGAUUUGUAUGGGGGUGUCGUCGUGACCUACAGUUGUAAGGUGGGUGUCGUUGUGACCUACAUUUGUAUGGUGGGUGUAGUCGUGACCUAGAUUUGUAUGGCGGGUGUUGUCGUUACCUAGAUUUGUACAGUUGGUGUAGUCGUGACCUAGAUUUAUAUUGCGGGUGUCGAUGAAGCAGAAGACGCUUACUCUCACGAAGCACCUGGUCUUAUUUUCCUUGUGCUUUUCCAAUGGUCUCCAUGCAAAAGCUACAUAUCUUCAUAUUUUGCCCUUUUUAUCGAUUUUGAGUUUGUGGUCUGGUUUGGUAGCGUUCGGGUGUUAUUGUCAUUAUACCCUGGUUGUAACUUAUGAUGAAGAUAUGUUGUUGACUGUUUUAUUUUUUUGUAUACAAAUGUACAAGUAUGUGUAUGAGUGACUAGGCUGUCACCAUUCACUGUGAUAUAAUCACUUAUAUUUAAAAUAUGGUACCUGUGUUAUAUUUCAUUGGAUUCCGAGAUCAACUUGGUUUAACGUAAUGUGUUUACAGGAGGGGGAUUUGUUUGUUUCUUGUUACUGCAAUUGUAUUGAAGGCUUUGUUAUGUAUGGCGUGAAUUACUCGUGGACAAUGUACAUAUAAAUAUAUAAUGUAUGAUAAACGGAAUCUCGAGCACAUUUCUGAUGUAUCUUUAAUUUGCGAAUCUAGAUAAAUACACUUAUAGAUAUACUGUUGAAAUCCUCUUUGUAUUUUUCUGUUGCCAUAAUUCAUAUGUGAUAUUUAACAUAGUGGUAUGGAAAUUACUAUUAAAUCAAUAAACUUCAUGGUUAAGUGAACAUUCAGUUUGUUGCAGUAUAACCAUGCUUCACAAGUGAUAAAAGAAGUUGGCUAGCAUAUAAAUAUACUUGGAACAUUACAAGUGAAAAAAGAUUUUCUGUUGUACAAACUUAAUUAUGCAGACGAACCAAAAAGGUUCAGAGCCAUUAACACAAUUUUAGUACCUCUAUCUAUUUUGUAUACUUCUGGUAAAUAUAUAGAAAUCCUAUCAGAACCUAUAUGUAUAUGAAUUCCUUUCUAUUAUGUUGUACCGGUUCAAACUCAAAGCUUCAAAAUCAAACUGUACACAUCGAGAUUCAAUAAAUAUGAAUAAAACUCUUAUUUUUUUGUUUAUACAA